AUGGAGAAAUCAGAGAGGAUCGAAGCGUUGACGCGAAAUCCUAUCAUCGAGGCUUCGAAGACAAAGAAGAAGAAAAAACUAAAAUUACCCGCAUUUGAUAGUGUGAGAAACGAUGUGUGUCGUCCGGGGAAGAAGCGUCAACGGAAGCAAAGAUACCAGCAGCAGAUACUGUCACCAUACGAGUAUUUACUUGUGCUUGCGGGGAACACAAUCUUCACCUGUUCCGUGAAAGUAUCGGAUCAGCCUUCGGUCGACGAUACGCUAUCUCCGCUGUUGCCGGAGCAGAUAGACGUCAACACUGUGUCCGCAAUUUCUGAAACCUAUUCGACAUCGAUAAAACCAGAAGUGACAUUGCUGUACAUUCAACCACUUCUAAUACUGGACCUUAACGGGAUUCUUUGUCACCGCAUUCGGGCAAAGCGCACAGAUGCGGAUUUUGCCAAAAGUACCUACCGGAAGGCAUCCGACCCCGUUGCUGGAACACCAAUUGUACCCCGUACAGAUCUUGCGGAAUUUCUUGCCUUUCUCGAUCAAUACUUCUGUUUAGCGGUAUGGACUUCUGCGAAAGCCAAGACGGCCAACAAGUUGGUUCUGCAGCUGUUUCCACCGGCGAUUGCGGACCGACUUUUGUUCGUCUGGGCCCAACAUCAUUGCGAGAAACUAUCAUCUUCUUCUAUGGACUCGGAAUGUGUUUAUGAAAAGGAUUUGUCGCGCGUUUGGAGGGAGUAUCCUUUGUGGAACGCCAGUAAUACCCUUCUCAUGGACGAUUCACCGUACAAAUGUCAGCGAUGGCACGAAAAUGCCGUCCACCCGCCAGCCCUUCACGGGUUAACGAGUGCCAAUGUCAACGACCUUAUCUCUGACGAAGCCAACGAAAAGAAACAGAGACUAUUUUACAAUGAGCUCGUCGACCAUUGGAAAUCCGCGCCCUUGAAACAAACGUGGACUGUAGAAACCGGUGAAGGCGCGUUUGUUCAAAAUGAAAAAGCAUUAUUCUAUUUCCUUCAUCAACACGCUGCGCAGCAUAUGGGUUGGAAAUAG